CCACAAUCCACUCUCUCUCUGUGGCCAAGGAAAGGGAAACAAUGUCUACUACACUAAACCAACUAUUUGACCUUCAAGAACAGAUUUGCUAUGUGCAAUGUGGUUAUUGCACCACCAUUUUACUAGUAAGUGUGCCAUAUGGGAGUCUGACAAUGGUGGUUACAGUGAGAUGCGGGCACUGCACUAGCCUCCUCUCUGUCAACAUGUUGAAAGCCUCUUUCAUCCCUCUCAAUCUCUUUGCUUCUCUCACCCAAGAUCAUGAUCAGCCGAAACAAGAAGUUAGUCCUCGCAGAGAAGAAGCUGAUGCUGAUCAAAAGGCAUUGGAUAUGCGGAGCCCAUCGCUGGUCAUCUCAUCUGAUGACGACGAUGAUGAUGAGGAGGAGGAUGAUUUCAUCCCGAUGAAUCACAUUGUGAAUAGGCCACCAGAGAAGAGGCCACGGGCUCCAUCAGCUUACAACAACUUCAUCAAAGAAGAAAUCAGAAGGCUGAAGGCUAAACAUCCCAACAUGACUCACAAGGAAGCCUUCAGUGCUGCUGCAAAAAAUUGGGCCCAUUUCCCACCAAUUCAGUACAAAAAACAUGGAGAAAUCAGCUGUGGCGAGGGAGCUGAUCAGAGGAAGAUGCGAAGCAGCUCAGAUGUUGGAGAGAUAUGAGGUGCAAGCAGAAGGCGGCAAUGGUUUCCAUGAAAGAAAAAGGCUUCGACCAAGCUAGGCAUUUCAUGAUAAGGUCAAAAUCACCAUUUGAGUACUGCAUGGAUGCCAGAUGAUAGGAGCUGUUGUUUCUAUUUUAGGUUAAGUUUAGGGUUACAAUCAUACUCGCAGUUAAAGGAAAAAAAAGUGUUGAAAAAUCGACUACCGAUGUAAUUUGUCCAAAGACAACUGAAACGUUUCAGUUCAGCUAGCCCUUGCUAUGCAUGUUUCUAGCUAUAUCGAGUACUGCUAUGUAAAUUCGUAGAAAUUUACAAACUUUUUCAUACUCACAAAGUCGAAAUGGAGUCAGAAAGGGUAGCCGAGGUGGUAAGGUGCUCCCUUAAUCAUGAUAAGGUUCUAGGUUCAAGUCUCACCCUAAGGU